GCCCUAUAGCAGCAUAUACUUUGCCAGGCAAUGACUUUAGACAAAUUAACAACUUUUAUCUAGAAAAAAGAAAGAAGCAGACCAAGAGGCGACAUGUUUCCAGAAGCGGCGGCUCCUCUCUUCUCUCAGGCCGUCCUUGUGAAGGCUUUGAGGCGGCUGUCAGCACAUGGAGGAACCGGCGGCCUGCAGGCCCGCAGACACUUCACUACCACCCGCUGUCUGACAGGCAAGACCCAUCCUGUACAGAAGGCCAAAGAGAAGGUGGACAUCCCCGGACUGGAGAGGGUGACUUUUGGGGAUAGGAUGCACUAUAUACCGGGGCUGGCUAAACCCGUUAAUCCAUAUUGGGAGAGGGAUUAUAAGGACCCGAGGUUUUACAGAACUCCCCCUGCUCAGGAGAUGCCUCUGCACAAAGAGAAACCAUGUUAUGUGUACAACCAGAGGACCAACGCACUGGAAGGUGUGCUUCAAGCUCUGUGGUUGACCAAAACCAAGCUGAUCUCUGGUCUGCCCCCUCAUAUCCUCUCAUUGGCGGAGGAUCCUGCCAAUCAGAUACCGAAUCAGGACGAGCGGGUGCAGAACGCCAUCAAACACGCCCGCUUCUGGGACACGACGGAGGACCGACCGAACAAGAGCAAAUACAGCAACACACUUCUCUCCAACCUGCUCCAUGUGUGUGCUACUCUACAAAGCAGCCACCCAGCGAUGGGGAGGAGGAUCUUUGCUGAGAAAUACUCACUGGCAGCUUCAUGGCAAAGAGGUGAGGACCUGUUACAGAUCAAGGGUCAGAACGGUUUACUGCACACCUGCAUGGAUCCUCUCCCGGAGGUUUCCGGUAAACAGGAAGUGGAGGAGACGGCGGAUCACGCCCUGAAAAGCUUCUACCCAGUCUCCCCCACCAUCGACCUGCAGAAAGUUAACCUGUACAAAGAGGUGAACUCGUCAGGUUUCAGGGAUGGCUACCCUUACCCUCACGCCCACACUCUUUACUUCCUGGACGGAGUGGAUACUCGCUGUAAGCUCCGCCCCGAUCAGUUCAGAGCCAAGAUGGUCAUGUUCGCUUUUGGGAACGCUCUGGCCCGCGCACACACACUGUAUGGGCCCCAGCCCCAGCGUCUAUUAGAACAUCCUAUAACAGUGCAGGCAGUGGGGUCCAAUGGCAGAGUCUUCCACUUCCUGGUUUUCCAGCUCAACACCACAGAUCUGUCAGGAGACGACGGCAUCAAGAACCAGGUGUGGUUGGAUGAAGACGCUGAACUCUAUGAAUUUGCAAAAGUGCGACCACUCAUCAAGAAGAAGCAAGUGCAGGUACCAGCUGGUCUGACAGGAUACAAACCCGAGACAUUCAGCAAGUUCCUGGCACUGUACUUACACGGAGCUGUUUAGGACUACGUGUGUAUGUGUGUGUGUGUGUGUGUGUGCGUGUGCGUGUGUGUGUAUGUGGACACACUCCGAGCAGUGAGUCACCAGACAAGUAUGUAUGUUUGUAUGUUUGUCUGUUCCUCCUGUGAGAACUCAAUAAAUAAAAACUGUCAUUCUGAA